GUUGUGACCAUAUAGGGAACGGAUCAUUGGUUAUCAGUUAGAGUCAUUAUCUCGCAAUGGCAAUUGAACAAUGGAAAGACGAUAUUACGUACGCGAUGACCCCUAUCAAAAUGAUUACAUGGCCUAUCGGUGUAUGGCCGCUUCAAGUUUAUGACAUUUAUUCGCUCUUACGUUGUAUCUUAAGCACUUGUUGUGCGAGCCUAAUUGUGAUCUUGCCUUCCAUGGAGUUAUACAUGGGUUGUACUGACGUAGAGCAGAAUAUAGACUGUCUGACAAUAAUCUGUUGCGGAUUGCUUGGUUUGCUGAAGACAACAUGGUUUCGCAUUUACGCAAAUAGUUUAAUUAUCAAUUACGAUUCUGCUCUGAACGAUUAUUUAACAAUUGACAAUGCGAAAGAUCGCGAUAUUAUGAGAAAACAUGCUUUUAUAGGAAGGAUUCUUUGCUGUUCUAUGAUGGGCUUUUCUUACCUUAGUUGUUUAACAUAUGCGAUAAUUCCUUUUUUUGAUUAUGUUCAUAGUAAUCGGAUUAACAUGACGAACGAAGAUAAAAUGUUAAAAUACGCUCUGCCAUCAAGAUGUGCAUUGGAAUACUUUAAUUUUCCUACAAGCAUGUACAUAAUCUCUUGUCUUAUCGAAACUGUUGUAGUGAUUUUUUCGACUACAACAAAUCUUGGUAACGACGCAUUAUUUCUCAACAUUACAUUGCAUGUUUGCGGUCAAGUGAACAUUCUAAGGCUCCAUUUCAUGAACUUCGAUGUCACAAGUCCACGAAUAUACGAUCGUUUUAACGUGCUAAUUCAAAGACAUUGUUAUCUAAUAACGCUGGCCAGAGAACUUGCCGAUCUGAUCAGUUUCGUAUUGCUAAUAGAAUUAUUCAUCAUCAGCAUAUUAUUAUGUAUAAUGGGAUUUCAAUUCAUCUUUGCGUUGAAAGUCAAUGAUAUCGUUAUGAUAGGAAAGAGUUUAAUGACAUUAAGUGCCUUUCUGAUACAAUUAACAUUGUAUAGUUUUAUCGGGAAUUAUUUGAAAUCUGAAAUGGAGGAGAUAGGACUCUCUAUUUAUCAAAGUGCUUGGCAUAGCUUUCCUAGGAAAUUGGCAAGAAACAUAAUCUUUAUUCUUAUGCAGACAAAAUCUCCAGUCACGUUGCAGGCUGGAAAUUUCAUCGUAGUCAAUCUGUCAACUUAUGUGAGCAUUUUAAAAACCUCUUUUUCCUAUUUGUCUGUACUUCGUAUAAUGCUGGAAGUGUGAAAUAUAAGAUGUAAUUUAAAAAAAUUUGAAAACUGCAAACAUUUUAUACC